CACAGUAACCAAAUGGGGAUUUGAACCUAGAUCUUAAGAGCUAUGAGGCAACAGUGCUACCCAUCAUGCCAUGCACAAGAGAGCUAUAAUUGGAAAGCCAGAGCGGAAAAAAAACAGAAAUUCCUCUAUUUAUUUGCAAAUCAUGACAUAUGGUGGAUGUGGAUUGGCUGCCGAAAGCUUUGACGUGGUUCAAAUAUCCCAGGAUGGCUACAUUGAUUUCAUGGAGUAUGUGGCAGCACUCAGCCUGGUCCUGAAGGGGAAAGUAGAGCAGAAGCUACGAUGGUAUUUCAAGUUGUAUGAUAUUGAUGGCAAUGGCUGUAUUGACCGGGGUGAGCUGCUAAACAUCAUCAAGGCAAUUCGGGCCAUAAAUGGUUGCAACCAUGAAAUGACAGCAGAGCAGUUUACAAACAUGGUGUUUGACAAAAUUGAUAUUAACGGAGACGGUGAGUUGUCUCUUGAGGAAUUCAUGGAUGGCAUCCAGAAAGAUGAAGAACUCCUUGACAUUCUAACACAAAGCCUGGAUCUGACACACAUUGUCACUAUGAUUCAAACUGAGAGUUCAAAAGAUGACAAAAAACUUGAGUCCUGAAUGGAUUCCAUAUUGUUCAUAUAUAUAUAUAUAUAUAUAUAUAUAUAUAUAUAUAUAUAUAAACUCAUAUUAAUUCAG